UAGGGCUAUAUCCCCCACCAUUGAGAAUUUACGGCUUAUUCCUCUCUCAGCACCAACUCUCCAAACUUCAACACUCAAGUCGUCGUUGAGCAAAUACCGUCAAGAUGGUCUUCCACAAGUUGGUGAAGAACAGCGCGUACUACAGCCGCUACCAGACCAAGUACAAGCGCCGCCAGCAGGGCAAGACCGAUUACUACGCCCGAAAGCGCCUCAUCACCCAGGCCAAGAACAAGUACAAUGCUCCCAAGUACCGCCUGGUCGUCCGCUUCACCAACAAGGACAUCAUUUGCCAGAUCGUGACCUCUGAGAUCUCUGGCGACAAGGUCUUUGUCUCUGCCUACUCGCACGAGCUCAAGGCCUACGGUAUCGAGCACGGUCUCACCAACUGGGCCGCCGCUUACGCUACCGGUCUCCUCAUCGCCCGCCGUGCCCUCAAGAAGCUCGGCCUCGACGAGGACUUCACUGGUGUCGAGGAGGCUGACGGUGAGUUCAAGCUCACUGAGGCCGCCGAGACCGAUGAUGGCGAGCGCCGCCCCUUCAAGGUCUUCCUCGAUGUUGGUCUGAAGCGAACCUCCACUGGUGCCCGUGUCUUCGGUGCCAUGAAGGGCGCCUCUGACGGUGGUAUCCUUGUCCCUCACUCCGAGAAGCGAUUCCCCGGUUACGACAUGGAGACCAAGGAGCUCGAUGCCGACACCCUCCGAAACUACAUCUUCGGUGGCCAUGUUGCUGAGUACAUGGAGACCCUCGCCGACGACGAUGAGGAGCGUUUCCGCAGUCAGUUCCAGAAGUACGUCGACGAUGACGUCGAGGCUGAGGGUCUUGAGGACCUCUACACUGAGGCCCACGCCGCCAUCCGUGAGGACCCCUUCAAAAAGGCCGAGAGUGAUGCUCCCAAGAAGACCAAGGAGGAGUGGAAGGAGAUCUCCAAGAAGUACAAGACCAAGAAGCUCACCAAGGAGGAGAAGGAGCAGCGCGUACAGGAGCGUAUCCAGGAGCUUCUCCAGCAGGAGUAAAAAGUUGCUUUAUAUCAUCAGGUCACGGGCAUUUGAGGAUUGUUAACCUUUGCAUUGGGUUUGGAGUUCCGAGGAAUGGAAAGGCAAGGUCCGUAACCAGGAUCACAUGAAUGAAUUACCAAAAAGAUACCUUCCAGCCAAAUUCCAUAGUUGUGGUGAACGGGCAUCUCAUUACUCCAACUGUCUAAUGCUUGCCAUGCGUAGUCGUUGUGUUUUAUGUGUGCGCGUGCGUGCAGAAAUGAAGAACCCUUAGUCUACCCUUGGCGGGUCUAGCUGCAGGAUUAGUGCGAGUCUUAUUUUCAGGGCUGAAUCUUGGCCAUGAACCUCAGCACCACGAUCCAGUUGAGAUGGCUCUUGCGGUUGUACGACAUAGUCUGCACUUGUCAUGGCUGUCAUCAUUUGGCGUUGUUGCGUAUCACUGGCCGCCGUUGGGAGAAAUGAUAACCGAAGAAGGAAAUGGAACCCAUCCGACUCUCGUUUAAUAGGUAAUCUUGUAAAGUUCCGAAGUUAAUGUCUAAUAGAGUUGAUACCGGCACCGUUGGCCGUAUUAGGUUGCUUUUGGAUAUCUCGGAUUUUCUAUAUGUACAAUAGGUAUCGCACUUAUUUUGGUAUACGGAAUUUGAUUCUGAAUAAAAUCAGACUGACCUGACCGGCUGCUCGAUUGCUCGGAAAAGAGCCCAUUUCAGAGACGCCUGUUCGGAAAUGGUCAUGAUGCGGGUUCAAUGGAGUAAACAAGACCCUGA